AGCGUGGCGUUUAUCGCCCAAACGCUCCAUGGUAACGAAUUCCAUAUGAUUCUUGCGGCUUUCGUGGCUAAGCUCACGCUCGGGCUCUGGUUACGUUCGUCCUCGCGUAUAUCGAAUUUGGCACGAUGCUGAAGUUUCAAACUGCGACCAAGGAGGACCUGAAACUUGCCGCGUCCAUUCAACGCAGGCGGCAGAUCGACGCCGAGAGGAAGCAACGGAUCUUCGAUUCUCGGUUCAGGAAAAUCGGGAUAGACAAGGAAUUCUUGGACAAACAGGUCGCGGAAAAGAAGCAGCAGCGUGAGCUGGAACAGGCCCGGGAAUCCGAGCUGGACGAGAAUUUGAUUCGCAGCAGUAAGCUCGCCCUGCUGCUGGAGAAACAACAAGAAGAGGAGAGGCGGGAGAUAAGCAAGGAGAUCGAGCAUUUCAGACAGCGGUACCAGCGUCCCGAGCACGGCAGGGACUCCGAUCUUCGCGAUCCUCUGAGACAAGGCGAUGGCGACUCGUCGCACGGACUCGGUUUCGGCCAGAAAUUCGAGGGCGAAGACGAUAAUUGGAAGGAACGCAGGAAGGCGCGGAAUGACGAGACGAGGUGGUGGAUCGAGAAGCAAAAGAGCGAACGCACACAGGCGGAGAGGGAACGCCAGGAAGCCGAGAAAGCGUACGAGGCAGCCGUCAUCUCCAGGGACAAGCGUGCCAUGGCGUUAGAUCAGAUGGAGCGGGAAUGUCGCCGAAGGUUGAACGAAGCCAACGCACGAUUUAAUCGAGCUCUGGCCGAGGAACAGGAGUACCGCCGCCACUGCGAAGCCCUUCGAGAAGAGGAGGACAAGAAGGCGGAUAUCUACAAUCACGUGACUGGAGACUUCCUCACGGAAGCCAAAGAGCAGGCGGAGAGCACUCGUGGACCGCACAAACCGUUGGCCUCGCGUUACAAGGGCAUGACUGCGGACGAGCUUAGAGUAUUCGGGGAAGCGCGAGCUCUCCAGCUGAAAGAAAUCGAGAAAAUAAAAUUGGAGGAGAAGCGAAGGGAGGAGGACUGGGAUCGGUUAAUGAACACCCAGGCGGCGAUCGCGGACUCGUGUCAGCGGGAGAUUGACCGGAAGAGAGCGGAAAUCAAGAGGCAGAUAGCGGAGGAGAACUUGGAACUAGCGCAGCGACACAAGUCCCAUCAACAGUAUCUAAAUCGCGUGCUCUACAAGAACAAACCCACCGCAGAAUUUUUCGAACAAUUUAACAGGGAUGCCCGCUGA